CGCGACCCUUGUGUCGUCUCUCUCUCUCCAAGUUCUCUCACUGUGUCAACAAACAAUCUCUUCUUUUAUUCGUCGGCUACGCGGCGGUUUGUAAUUCCAUAAUCCAUACCAUGGAUCGGACUCAGGCCUCUCUCUCUUCUCUCGCCGUGUGUUUUCCGGUGGCAGUUUUAUUUUCCGGCGAGCUUUCGGAUGGCUUCCAUGGCGGUUUUGGGGUAAGCUUCAUUUCUAUGCAAUUAUGUUUGCGAAUUUAGGGUGUAGAAAGGGGAGGAGCCUUUUGCCUCUUUCUCUAUCUACGUUUUUGUUUCAUCCUUGUUAUGGCUCGUGGAUCACGCCACAAAUCGCACAAACAAAGCAAGAGCAGCUUGAAGAUAGCUGUGGAAUCAGACAGGGAUGAAAGGGAUUCGAGAAGUUACAGGGAGGAAUCCUCUGGUUCUAGAAGUUGCAGGGUUGAUAAGCACGAGUCUUUGAGUUCGGGGAAGAAAAGGAGACAUGAGCAAGAAUCCAUGGUUUCUAAGGAGUGUUUUGCAACAGGUAACAAAGAAUUGGAUGAAGGUUUUCGCAAUUCAAAGAGAAAAAAGGAGAAGGUGAAGGAGAAAGAGAAGGAGAAGGAGAAGGAGAAGGAGAAGGAGAAGGAGAAAUCCAUCGAUUUCGUGGAACCAGAACGAUGGAAUGGGGAUAAUUUCACUGGGAAUGAUUUGGGUUUUGUCGAGUAUACAGGGACUGCAUCAAAAGAAGCUAGCAUUUGUGAUAAGAAAUUCGACAUUUCAAUCAAUAAGUGUGGAACUGUUGUUUUGGCCGAUCUUCCUGGUUCAUUGCAGUCUAUUAUGGACAUGGAUGAAGAAAUACACAUAAAGAGCAGCUCAAGUGAAAGGGCAGAAAUUUUGUGUGACUCAGAGAAAGAUGUUGGGUUGACAAAGAAAGAAAAACACGGGGUAAGGGUGGAGAAAGAUUUGAAGGUGGCUUCAGCUGGAGAUUACAAGAUUUUGAAGAAAGGACAGGAAAAUAUUGGCGGCAGAGGGCAAGGGAAUGGGAAGGGGAAGGAUUCCUCAGGAAAUAUAGGAAAAGAAGAGAUAAGGAGUACAAAUAAUGGCGAGGUGAAAAGGAGAUCAUCUGAGAAUGGGUUUUCGAGAAAGGAGACUGGGUUGAAAGAUCGAAAGGAAAGGGGUGAAGAAAAGGACAAGCAUAGAAGUGAAUUGAAAGUGGACAAGCAAUUGGAUGAUUUGAUGACCAUUGCAACAAAGGUAGAUGAAUCAUACAGAAAGAAAGAAACUAAAGGAGAUAGUUCUGGAGAAGGACAGGUGAAUGCCCGUGAAACAAAGUCAUCUGAACCACCAUUGCAAGAUGAACUACGCAACCCUGGUCUAGAAAAGGAGCUUGAAAAGCAGAUUAGGAAGAGAGAUGGUACUGAUGACAAGAAACAGUGUCAUGGAGUUGACCGGGAUGGUGAUGAUAGUCAUCUGUCUUCUAAGGAUGAUCAAGAAAAAGUAAGGCACAGAGUCGAUAGGCAUAAGGACAGAAGGUAUCCCGAAAAAUGUAGAGAAGAUUUUGGCAAGGAACACAGGCACCGAAGUGAUAAAAAGAGAGAAAGGGCUUCACCAAGAGAUCACAGUAUUGACAGAUGGGAUGAUAAUCAUUCGAGGCAUGAACGAAGAUUAUCUGAAGGUCGUUUUAAGACAAAUAAAUCACAUGGCAGUGAUCAAGAGAGUAGUCCUCCUGCAGACGAUCGUCGUACUAGAUCUAAGGAUAAUCGGGAAAAAAGCAGGUCAUCUUAUGAUUAUGGUGCUCAUGGUGCAUCCAAGCAUGGAGUGAGCGAGUUUUCUGAUGCUUUUCCAGGAAAAGAACUAUUGGAUAAUAGCAAACUGGAAAAAAUGUCUGACAAGGAACAGUUAAAAUCUGAUAAUUUUAUUUCUAACGCACUUGAUCUUACAUCGAACAAUACCCAUCCAGAGGGUUCCAGUUGCAGGGAGCCAGAUUUGGGCAUUGGGCAAAACAGGCUUAAACCGAUGCAAGUAGAGCCAUCACAUGAAGGCUUCUCUGCAGAAAGGAUUGAGCCAGCCAGUAGAGUUUCAAGCUCCAAAGGAAAUCCAUAUGUCUCUGAAAGUCCUACUGGGGAAUGUGAUUCUCGAGCCAAAAAUGAUAAGCCCCAUGAGAGAAAUGAAUUGUCGAAUAAUUCUGCAAUAUACUUGCAUGAAGCUCGGGGUGCCUUAGUUAUGAGCCCAUGUACAUCAUCAAAAUCAAACACACCAGCUUCACCCAUAAAGGGGUCACCAGCAAUGAGUCAGAUCAAUUUUGAGAGGAUGGAUACCAAAUCUCAGGAUGGUACUUCUGAAAUGAAUGGCUAUGUCAAGCCUGCAGUAAUUCUGGGUUCACCAUCUAUAAGGGAGAAGCUCAAGGGUCCGGAUCUUGAUGAGCCAGAAAGGACCACACUCCAGUCCAACAGGUCUCCAGAGAGUUCGGUGAGGUUGCAUAACCCUCCUCUGUUGGUUCAAUCCUCAAGUAUUCUUCUUUCACCUCCCCCCAAUAGGCAAGGAAACGAUUCAUUCAUGGCCUUGGGCUCAUCAAGUGGCUUUUUGGAGGAGAAGAAACACAUUUUUCGUAAUAAGAGGGGUGAUUUAGGUGGCGGGCGAUUUCAAACCAAUGGUUGGAAGGGGGUUAUGCAGAGUUGGAAUGCUCAGAGUCAGGGCUUGGUGAUGCACAGUGGAUUUAUGCCUUUCCAGCAUCAAGUCCCACCUAUUUUUCACCCUGUUAUGCAGCCAAUGCCACCACUUUUUGGGAUGAGACCGGAUGGGUUUCCUGGUAAUUUUGGUUGGCAGAUGCCACAGGAUGAUAGUUGCUUGCCUUUGGUCCAAACCCAACUAAAUUCAUGGGACGGGGUAGAUAAGUCUUGGGAUCAGAAGAGGCACUUGAUGAAUCAGGCAUGGGAUAUGAGUGGGGAAAUUUGGAAUGGACAAAGUGAGGGUGUUAAUUUAGGCUUAGGUUUCCCUGGUAAUUCCUCCCCUUUUGAUGCGUGCCCUGCACAGCCUACCAACUGCGGGCGCCAAGAGAAGCGUUCUCGUCCCGAAAGGUCUACGGCUGAGAGCAUUGAGGUUAAGCGAUCUGAAGUUGUGCCGACAAAGCCUGUGGAGGAAGCACCUCACAGAGAAGAUCAGCGCGUGCUGCCUGAUUCAAAGAAAUUAUCCUGCGAUAAAACUUGCUUUUACCUUUCGAAGCUGGAUAUUUCUGUAGAUCUUGCAGGCUUGGAGCUCUACAGAGAGUGUGCAAGUUUGUUGAGUUCAUUAGGUGGCAUCGAUGCUGUGCAUUCUGCAGACGCUGAGUGCCUAUCCUUAGGGACUUCAGUUGGCGAUCUAAAGGUGACUCCAAAGCCCAGAACAGAGAGCUACAUCCAUCAUCUGAAGCAACCAUUCUUACGUCAAAUGUCAGAUGAUAUAUUUCAGAGAGCAAUGGCACUUUAUUCAAAGCAGGCAGAAAAAACAAAGGCAAAGAUUUCUGCUAUUUCUUACGAGAGUCAUGAGAGAAGACUACAAAUAGACAAUAAUCAGUCAGGCAAUAAGAAGGGGAACCAAUGUAUCAUGCAUGGCACGGGGCAGGAAUUGCAGAAGCAAAAUCCCUCUGAUAAUAAAAUGCAGAGGAGCCACUGUUUGAGAGGGUCGAUUGAAAAGCCAGAAGUUAGUCUCAUUUAUGACACUGAAGUGUUCACAGUCAAUGCUCAGCCUGCAAUACUCGACGAAGGCUCGAGAACUCCCUUUGAAGGGUGCAAUAGUCACACUUCUCUUGUUAGUUUAGAUGGUCCUUCACAGGGUGAUGUUUUCACCUUUGAAGGGCAUAAUUCUAUCACCAAACUUGAACUUGGUGGGCAUAGUGAAGGGUGUGUGUCUAUCACUAAACUUGCAGGCGGGGAAGGAGACAACGGGUACCAUUCUCUCACCAAAGUUGGGUGCCAUUCUCUAAAUAAUCCAGUAAAUGGUGAGGAAAGUGAUUCUGACUCUAACAAAGUUGUUCAAAAAGAAGGGGAAGUGAGAGCGUGUAAUGUAGAUGAGAGUAGUCUAGAUGAAGGGGUUCCUUCUUACCGAAAACAUGAAACCCUCAAUUCUGAGGGUGUGAACAUAGAGGGUGGUGAGUACCCGGAGGACUGUAGAGUCCAUCUAAGUCGGAUACCUGGAAGAACACAUUGAAACUCUUUUAUUCCCUCGUCUUUGCUAUUUUUUAUUUUUAAUGCAUCCUCAUGUGUUUUUUAUAUGCUUCCUGCAGGUAUGAUUUUAGAUGUCUGUUUGUUUCUUCAGACCACAUUAUUUGUUAAUUUUUUACUUUUAGAAUGCA